AUGAACUACAAUAUGAGAAAAUAUUUCACUACUACUGUGGGAAGAGAAAGAGAUCACUACUACUGUGGGAAGAGAAAGAGGUCACUACUACUGUGGGAAGAGAAAGAGGUCACUACUACUGUGGGAAGAGAAAGAGGUCACUACUACAGUGGGAAGAGAAAGAGGUCACUACUACUGGGGGAAGAGAAACAAGAUCACUACUACUGUGGGAAUAGAAACGAGGUCACUACUACAGUGGGAAGAGAAAGAGGUCACUACUACUGUGGGAAGAGAAAGAGAUCACUACUACUGUGGGAAGAGAAAAUAGGUCACUACUACUGUGGGAAGAGAAAGAGGUCACUACUACUGUGGGAAGAGAAAAUAGGUCACUACUACAGUGGGAAGAGAAAGAGCUCACUACUACUGUGGGAAGAAAAAGAGAUCACUACUACUGUGGGAAGAGAAAAUAGGUCACUACUACUGUGGGAAGAGAAAGAGGUCACUACUACUGUGGGAAGAGAGAGGUCACUACUACAGUGGGAAGAGAAACGAGGUCACUACUACAGUGGGAAGAGAAAGAGGUCACUACUACUGUGGGAAGAGAAAGAGGUCACUACUACUGUGGGAAGAGAAAGAGGUCACUACUACUGUGGGAAGAGAAACGAGGUCACUACUACAGUGGGAAGAGAAAGAGUUCACUACUACAGUGGGAAGAGAAAGAGGUCACUACUACUGUGGGAAGAGAAAGAGGUCACUACUACUGUGGGAAGAGAAAGAGGUCACUACUACUGUGGGAAGAGAAAGAGGUCACUACUACUGUGGGAAGAGAAACGAGGUCACUACUACUGUGGGAAGAGAAAGAGGUCACUACUACUGUGGGAAGAGAAAGAGGUCACUACUACUGUGGGAAGAGAAAAUAGGUCACUACUACUGUGGGAAGAGAAAAGAGGUCACUACUACUGUGGGAAGAGAAAAGGUAAAAUAGUAUAAUACAAUCUUGAGUUACACCAUGGUGUACAGUCAUGGUAAAAAGUAAGUAACCCCCGGAAGGUUGUCUUUGUUUUAUUUAUUUGGACAGAUGUAUAUGUCAUCUUCACUUC